AUGCAACAGUCCAGCGAAAGGACAAAAGAAGGCGAGGAAAUUGAAAUGAUGGAUAUGAGGAAGGGGGAGGGAGAGGAAGUGGAAACGGCAGCUCAGAGCAGUUCUCGGGGCUCCUCAAGGCGACGACGAUUCGUGCGGAUCGGUGGAAAUUCAGCGCUCUCCAUGGAUGUAGAAUUUCGAAUCCGCAAAGUAAGAGAGCACGAAUUGAAUUUAACAGGAACUGAACUGGCCCAGUGCCGAAAAAAUUGCCAAAUUGGUGAUGAAAAGCACCUUAAGGAAGCCGCUGGCGACUGGGACGAGGAUCGAAGCAGUGGCCGUCAAUCAGAACAAGGUUUGCUUGCUGCUCCACCGAUGACGACACUUCUUCCAGCGGAUAGUCUUGAGCUACUUCCGGUCGGGACAAGCAAACGUGCCGGAAUCGAUCGAAAAUUCUCAGAACCAUGUUUGAAAGACACAAAUAGACGUUGGAACAGAACAACACGACGACGCCUGAGUGAUACAGAGCCAUGCGUACGCCGGGCAAAAUCAGCUUUUGAAACGUCCAAUCGAGCAGCUGCUGCUAGUGGUUCAAUGCUAAGCCAAAGAACACUUGAAGAAUGCAAAAAGGUUAGUUUAUUUUUUUUUUUUGUGUGUGAUUGUAUAAAUCAGUUUUCGGUUUAUCCGACAAGUUUUGAAAAUAAAGAUGAACUCAAAACACGAAUUCUGGUAAUGGCAAGAAAUGUAUACGACUUAAUGGACCGAAACAUUUCUUACUAUUGUAAUAAUUCUAUCAAAGUAAUUUUACUACUUCUACUAAUUCCUUAA